UGCUUUACUAUGUUAUAUAUUAUAUAUUGUUGCUUUGUGUAUUGUAGCUUUUACUUGUUUGAUAAUAAUUAAGUUAUUUACAUAGUAAAAAGUAUUGUGUUUGUAUAAUGAACAUAGGAAAAUAUAUACUACUUAAAAUGAAGCCACCUAGUCUUCUUGUUUAUGUAAGUGCCAUCCUUUUGUUGACAUUCGCUGUAGGCGUUUAUAAGCAACUAACUCAGAAAACAACGAACAACUGUGAAAUGACUUUUAUGUUUGAAUAUCCACAUUUUAUUGAUAUCUUAGUACCUAUGAAUCGGGGAAAGUAUAAUUUAUAUGCUUAUACUGAGGGUCAAACAAUGGAAAAAAUCAAAUCCAUGAAGUUUUAUGGUACUCCAGUUGUCUUCAUACCUGGGCACAGUGGAUCUUACAGACAAGUAAGAUCGAUUGCUUCAGUGAACAUUCGAAAAAUGUACCAUAUACAGUCUAAUAUAAAAUUUGAUUUCUUCACUGUUGACUUAAACGAAGAGUAUUCUGCUGUUUUUGGUGGGGUUUUACCCCAACAAACUGAAUUUGUUUCUCAAUGCAUUAAUACAAUAAUAAAAAUAUAUGAACACGAUUAUAAGCCUACAUCAAUUAUACUAAUUGGACAUUCUAUGGGUGGUAUUAUAGCUAAAGGGCUGUUCAUUAAUCCCAAGUUUGAUACUAGUCUUGUUGAACUGAUCAUUACUCUAGCUACUCCUCAUAGGCCUCUGUUUCUAGCUGAUAAUUUUAUGGAUAGUUAUUAUGAAAACGUUGAAAAUAUUUGGGGCAACGGAUUGGAUAAACCUAGAUCUUCGUUUUUGUCAAAUAUUUCACUGUUAUCCAUAGGAGGUGGUCAUCGAGAUUUGAUGGUUUGGCCAUGUCUUACGUAUACUCCGCAUGCAGAUAUAAACGUAUUAAGUUUAGCUAUACCUGGUGUUUGGACAUCUACGGACCAUCAGUGUAUAUUAUGGUGCAAAUCAUUAGUUAAAUCCAUUGUUAGAGUAUUAUUUGACUCUGCUGAAUCAGACUCUGAUGAUACAAUUUAUGAUUGGAGAAAGAAAGUAUCUACUUAUCAUUUUGAUAAAAGAAGUAAUGGGAAGUGGUUUCAUUCAAACUUGCAUCCUAUUUCUGUAAAAUUAAAUGAACCAAAUAUGAUUGUAUGGAACGAAACUUAUAAAGCUCGUCGAUCAAUUUUAUUAGAAUCUGGUACACCAAUGCCAAUUGUUAUACAUGUGCCAUUAUACAAUCAAUCGCUUGAUUAUGAAAUGACUGCUGAAGCCAUAAACAUUGAAUACCACGAUUGGGUAUUUUCAUGCAAACCUGACUAUCAUUCAAAAAAAUAUUGUUUGUUUGGUGUAAAUUGGUCUUCUAAUAGUACUAUAUCUGUCUCGAAAUAUAUGAAAAGAAGACACAUAACAAUAAAACUUUCUGACGUGUACAGAUUAGAUCAUUCGAAUUUGGUUUUCAAAAUAAAAAAUACAAAAAAACCUACUGGAUUAAAUAUUGACUUGUAUGAAGUAAGGGACAGAACUAAUGAAGUAUCAUGGAAAAUUUGGUAUGGAAUUUUAUAUAGAAAGCUUUUAUGGAAAAUCAAUGUUUAUAACACAGUUCAGUACAAAACUAUUCUGCGCGAUUGGUCUAAUAGUAUAUGUAUGAACUGUGUGUAUAAUGUACACAUGAUAACUGUUAAAUGUUCAAAAAAAAAACAUCAUGCUGUUUCUAAAUUUAUUGUACCAUGGACACAAGGUGUUUUGCAUGGACUUACCAGUGAUAAUGCAGUUGAUCCAUUGAGAAUAUCUUUAGAAAAUAUUUAUUCAUCAAAUAAAACUGAAGACCCAUACUUACAAUUCAUAUUAGACCCAAAUUGCAAUUAUCGUAUUGAGCUAGAAUUAUCUGUUAUGGACACAAUCGGAACCAUGGGUUUAAAAUAUGGCUUAACAUUUCCUUCUUACAUAGGAAUUAUAAUACUUUUAGUACUAUCACACCAGUUUUCACAGUUGGCCAAUUCCACUAAUGAUGAUUGCUCAAUAUAUCACAACUCUUUGCCAUCUCUAUUUAAGAUUGUUAAGAUUUUGGUCGUUUCAAUUUGUCUUAUGACUUUUGUACAAUACCAAUGGUCUAUUAUAAAUAAACCAAUUGGUGGUAUAGACUGGCUAGGACAUCCAUUAAAAACGUUUGUAUUUUCAUCACUGUUAUAUUGCAUAACCAACUCAUUCAUGUGUUUCGCAACUUUAGUAUUAUGGUCUAUGAUGUUAUUUUGGGGCAAAGCUAUUAAUGAACUUUUAAUUAGAUUUAUUAUGAAAGCAUUGCAAAAAAAUGCUACUGUAUCUGAUUGGAUACUGUAUGGAUUUGGAAAAUUACCAAUUGCUGUUUCAAUGAUAGCUAUUUUAAUGUCAUACCACACUUGUGGUACUGUAGGACUUAUUAUCUCAGCAUUCUUCUAUUAUUUUAUGCUUUGUACAAUGGUGCAAGACUGUAUUGACCAGUUAAUUUAUUAUCCAGUGAUUUUUAUUAAAGAUUAUUUCAUAAAAGGCGAAAAACCAACUUUGAACUUAUCACUAACACCCAUUCAUUUACAUUUUUCACUGUUUUUAUUGUGGCUUCUAAUUUGCGGAUGUAAUUUGCCUUGUAGCAUUGAAUGGGCACGAAAUUUUCAUCAUAGUAAAUAUUUAGAUCCUGAUCCAUCAUGGAUUUCAUCAGUAGUUUUAAAUACAUGUGCUGGUAUCUUAUGGCAAAUGGACAUUCCCAAACGCAAUAUAAAAUGUUAUGCAGGUUUAAGUGAUUUCUGUGUAGCUACCUCGGUUAUUUUGUUUGUAUUUUGUCAAACUGCACUAUUUCGAGUAACUCCAAUUUUAACAAUUGUUUUUGUAGUCAUCACUCUCCAUCAAUAUAUCAGUUCAUGGAUUGGCGGAGUUAGAGAUCUGAAUGAUAGACAAGUUAAUCAUACUAAUGUUAAUUGAGUUAUUGUUUCUAAUGAUAAUACACCAGAAAAUUAGCAACUAUAAAACAAAUAGUAAUUUUAUAAUAUAGCAAUAAUGUAUAUGUAUUAAUAAUAGUUCUACGUUAAAUAACCAGGAAUAGCUAACCCUGUCAUGUAUACAUAAUGUAUUACGUUGGCCAAUUAUUUGUUUGUAUGUUUUUUAUUUUUUUAUUUAUAUAGUCAUUUCAUUUUCUUAAAAGACUGAUUCGUGUCUAUAUGUUAGACAUACUAUUUUCGGUUUAAAUCUGAUUAAUUGUUUAUAAUUUCUUUAAUAUUAAUAUUAAUUUAUUAAUUCAGUUUAUAGUGUUUAAUAAUACAUUUUGUUCAAUUGUGAUUAUACGAUGAAGCCAUGUCAAUAUGUUAUCACUAAGUCAUAAGAUCUUCUAGUCAGUUAUUUAACUCUAUGGCAUUUGAAUGUAAAGCUAAUAUGCAUAUGGUAUUACUUUAUAAUAUAACUAUACUACCAUAUGUAUGUCGUAUAAACAAAAAUAAUAACUAAAACACAAAUAAGUUGUUAUAUGAAUUUGUUUUAAUAUGUAUGUAAUAAUGUCCAUACUUGUAUCAAUAAUUACCAUCUGUUGAAUAAUGCAUGAU